UGGCUCCGGUAAAGUUGUCAGUAUAGAAUAAACGCUAGUGUUUUUUUUUUAAUUUAUAUAUAUAAAUAUAUAUACGCACACAUGUCAACACUGUAGCUGGCUGUCACGGUUAGCUGGAUAUAUUUGAAACAGCCGUGACGUGGUGAGUCAGUGACCGUUGGUGUGGUUAACGUCUCGCUGGUUAACGAUCAGCUAACUAGCUCCGUGCUAGCCGCUGUCGUUAGCGAGCUAACAAAGGGCCGUUGCUCCUCCUCGCUUUGUAUGCUCGAUGUUGCAUUUUCAAAUAACUGUGGGGUUACUUAUGAAGAGGAAAUAGUGAAACUGGAUUGGUGCACACUCCGAGUGUCUGGCCACCCUGCCUUUGCCUGCUAUAGGAAGUUUGGUGCCUGUCGUAGGCUGUGCACGUUAGUUCCUCACCAGUGAGUCCUUAUGCUUGAUAGAAGCUGCACCUUGUGUCUUACAGAAUGGAUGGUGUGGACUUAAAGAGACUCGUGUGUCAACAUCAGCAAUCUGCGUUCUGCUGUGGUGUUCAUUCUUUUACCAUUUACAGGAGAACACCUCCCAUCCUACACCUCCACUCUCUGCACUAUAUAUAUAAAGACCAUCUUUAAGCAAUAAAAAGACAGAUAGAAGUUGCAAAACUUUCUUCUUUUUUUUUUUUUUCUUUUUAAAGCGCACGGGUAGAUACUGCUUACAUGGCCGACAUGGAAGUAUCCUUAUUUUAAUUUUUCAGUUAUAGUACCCCCUUACUCUUAGUGUGGGUGGUGGGAUGUCGGAAAAGCCAGACGACAAAAUGGUGAAGUUCCUGGCUCCCCCCCAGAAGAGUGGAAAUGGCCCCAGUUCUGGUUCAGAUUCGAUGGUGAGUGAAUGCCGGCCAACAGAAGUGAGACGCCGGCAUCACACCAUGGAGCGUGAUCGAUGUAAUCCCGAACACCGUUUCUUCCGCCGUAGUGUCAUCAGUGAUUCCAAUGCUACAGCAUUAGCCCUACCUUUACCCAGCAAGAUCCCCAUCCCUGCACCUCAGCGGGUUCAGCUACGAGAAGUAGUCCCCCAGCGGCAACAAGCUGCUGCUGUUGCUCAUUUACCACGGACUGAACCGAGUUUAGCUAAAGAUGAGGAGUCUGUUAAGAAUGGAAGAGGAGGAGAAGGAGAAGAAGAAAGAAAGGAUAUAGAAAUAGCCAAGGUGGAUGUAGUGCCUUCAGUGCAGGAGCCUGUCAUUGUUGUACAAGAAAUCUGUGAUGGGGAGGUGGUGAUAGCAGCCAACGCCACACCAUGCUUAGGAACCGAAUUGCCAAGACAAACAGAACCUGAAAGCAUCGCUGAUGUGAAGGUACCUAAUGAAGAAGAGGGGGACGAAGAUAAGGAUGCCAAGGCACGAGCAGAGGCAGAGCAGAGAGAAGCUGAGAAAAAGGAGCUGGACGACAUCGAAGAGGCAGAGACCAAAGCAGUAGGGACAUCACCAGAUGGGCGUUUCCUAAAGUUUGAUAUAGAAAUUGGACGUGGCUCCUUCAAGACCGUCUACAAAGGCUUGGACACUGAGACCACAGUGGAGGUGGCCUGGUGUGAACUGCAGGAUCGUAAGCUGACAAAGACAGAGAGGCAGCGCUUUAAGGAGGAAGCAGGAAUGUUGAAGGGACUACAGCAUCCCAACAUUGUCCGCUUCUACGACUCCUGGGAGGGACCCUCCAAAGGCAGGAAGUGCAUUGUACUGGUCACUGAACUCAUGACUUCUGGCACACUUAAAACAUAUCUGAAGCGGUUCAAGGUGAUGAAAAUUAAAGUUCUGCGGAGCUGGUGUAGACAAAUCCUCAAGGGACUCCACUUCCUUCAUACUCGGGCUCCCCCCAUCAUCCAUAGGGAUCUUAAGUGCGACAACAUUUUCAUCACAGGCCCGACAGGAUCCGUCAAGAUUGGAGACUUGGGACUGGCCACACUCAAGCGUGCAUCAUUUGCCAAGAGUGUUAUAGGUACCCCUGAGUUCAUGGCGCCUGAGAUGUAUGAGGAGAAGUACGACGAGUCAGUGGAUGUGUAUGCCUUUGGAAUGUGCAUGCUGGAGAUGGCCACCUCAGAGUACCCUUACUCAGAGUGCCAGAAUGCUGCACAGAUCUACCGCAGAGUUACCAGCGGGGUGAAGCCGGGCAGCUUCGACAAGGUAGCCAUUCCUGAAGUGAAGGAGAUCAUCGAGGGAUGUAUUCGCCAGAACAAGGAUGAGAGGUAUUCAAUCAAGGACCUUCUGAACCAUGCCUUCUUCCAGGAGGACACAGGGGUGCGUGUGGAGUUGGCAGAAGAGGACGAUGGAGAGAUGGUGGCUAUUAAGCUGUGGCUGAGAAUUGAGGAUGUGAAGAAACUGAAGGGAAAGUACAAAGACAACGAAGCUAUUGAGUUUUCUUUUGACCUCAACAAAGAUGUCCCAGAGGAUGUGGCUCAGGAAAUGGUCGAGUCUGGUUAUGUGUGCGACGGUGACCACAAGACUAUUGCGAAGGCCAUUAAAGACAGAGUGUCUCUAAUCAGUCGCAAGAGAGCACAGCGGCAGCAGGUCAGAGAAGAUCAGGAGAAGAGAAGGAUAGAAGAAGAACAGCAGAGUCAGAUACCACCAGCACAACCACCAGGCCAACAGUCAAGCACGGAGGUGCCUCAGUCUCAGCCAGUGCCACAGCCGGCUUCGUACGUCCCUCCACAACCAAACCAACACAGCACACAGAUGUCUGCCCAACCUGCAUCUCAGCAGAGCCUUCAGAGCUCCAACUACAGCACUUCUCAAUCAACCCAACUGACUGGCAUGGCACAGGGGGUCCCUUAUGUCCCCCACUCAACAGGGCAAGUCCCAGUUUUGGUUCAGGGUCAGAGCGUGGCUACCAUUCAGCCAGAGUCGGAGGAGCCCGAGUCUGAACACCAACAACUACAGCACACUGGAGGAGCCAGUCACAUGGGAGACAGACCACCCGGUUCCUCCAUCCUUCCCGAAGCCCAGCCUCCUCAGCCUGGAAUAUCUUACAGCUCCCCUCCCAGUCAGCACCAUCAGCCCCCGGUGUCAUGCCCGCAGACACAAAAUGACCAAACGCAACAGCAGCAGUUGUCAGUGGUUCAACCCCAAAUACAAGGUGUCCAGCCUGAAGUUGUUCCUGUUGCGCCCAGCAACCAGCCUGUUCCAGUUGCACCUUCACAGUACGGAGUUUACUACCAACCAUCGCUUCCCCCUCAGAUUCCCACCCAGCAAGUGAUGAUACCCCCAUCCUCUCAGUCGUCUCCCCCUCAACAGCAGCCUCAGCCAGAGAGCAGCAGUACUCAUCAGAGCUCUACUUUACCACCGACACAGACUGGAGCUCAGCAGCUACAGGCCCCUGUGAGUGUUCCUCAGUCAACACCAGUGGAGCAGCCAGCAGUUCCCACUGCUCUGGUGCCACCAUCUGUAGAAAGCUGCCUGUCAGAUGCAGCGUCAGGUCUUAGUGACGGCAACGACGGAAGCUCGACAUCAGGCGGUCGCCACGAGGGGCGCUCACUGAAACGUCACCAGCGCAGAUCCGUACGCAGUCGCUCCCGCCAUGAGAAGACCACAAGAGCCAAGCUUAAUGUUCUCAGUAUCUCUAAUGUGGGAGACAGAGUAGCAGAGUGCCAGCUGGAAACACACAACAGGAAGAUGGUGACCUUUAAAUUUGACCUUGAUGGUGAUAAUCCAGAGGAGAUUGCACAGAUCAUGGUUGCGAGCGAGUUCAUCUUGGAGAGUGAGCGAGAGUCCUUCAUCGAUCAGAUCCGUGAGGUCAUAGAAAUGGCUGAUGAGAAAGGAGAAGGCAUGAAGGAGGGUUUUCCUCAGAUGAGUGAUCACCAACAACAGCCUGAAUUGUCUGUUCCCAUGCUGCCAGGCAUUUCUCCGAGCACUACAGCUCAGGUGGUGCAUUCAGCAGGACGAAGGUUCAUAGUCAGCCCAGUGCCAGAGUCCCGUCUUAGAGAGCAGUUCUUUGGUGCUCCUUCUGCUAAUACCUCCUUUGGAGAUGAACACGCUACAGCUCCCUCCGUGACAUUGGGUCUUUCUCUGUCAGCUCCAUCUGGGAUUCUCCAGCAGGCCUUCAGUAAAAUUAGGGAGGCUCGUCUAGAAAGAGGCAACACCCUUGACCCCCCUGCUGCUGAGAAAGAAUCAGGCGCUGUCCCGUUCACUGAAGCUGGAGUCGGACCAAGCUCUAACAAUAUCCUCGCUCCUCCGGAGGCUGUAGCUCCUACCGCAAGCGCUACUUUUCCUGCUGGGUCCCUCUCCUCUACUGCAACACCUUCACCACCUCCCUCGGUUGAAAGGGUUUCCCCUCCACCUCUAUCCACUCAGUCACAAUCUCCAGCCCCUGUCACCAGUGAUCCCAGUCCACCCCCUCAGUCUUCACAUGAAACAGCCCCUGUACCACAUCCACCAGCUGCCAACAUCCCUUCCUCAUCUUCUACUAUUUCUCCUCCAUCAGCGCAGACCUCCGUCCCCACAGUACCCGGGCCUCAGUUGAGCAGUACUUCUAUCUCUUCUGUCGCUAGUGUUACAUCCAGUAGUACCGGCAGUGUCCCAGCUUCAGAGCCGCAGCCUUUUAAUAGUGCUGUUACGUCUUCUCAGCCUAUAAGUUCCUCCAUCCAUGCACCACAGCACACAACCUCCCAGCCUGUUCCCAUCUCCACUCAACCCCCUCCACCCACCUCAUUACCCAGCCAGAGCCAGGUCCAGCCACAGCCAGUGGAGUCAGAGGGGGCUGAGCUCCAGACCAAGAACGCUGGUAGAGAUGAUAUCCAAGCUUUAGAUAAGAAGCUCCGGUCACUCUUUAAAGACCAGAGCUCUGCCUCAUCCUCCACAUCAGUGGAUCCCAGUCAGAACACAGGCACCUCCUCUCCACCCACUGGUACUUCUUCCCCUCCGCCCGGAGCCGCCCUUGUGCCCCCGACAAACCUUCCCCUCAAUUCUGGGGUGCAGGGUGUCUUGGGCCCCACAACCACCCCGGGACAGGGUAUCACCCCGGCAGGACAUGCACACACGCCUCCAACUAAGCCCAGGGCACAGACUUUACCUACUGGUUUCGAUCAAGCUGCUACACCUCCUUCCGACCUUGUACCACCAUUUCCUGGACCAAAUCAGUCACAGCAGCCUCUGGGUAAUUUGGAUGCUGAGUUGAGGAGAGCUCUGAGCCCAGAGACUGUUCAGGGGGGUAACAGAGCCCAACCCCCAGCAGCAGAUUUCACUCUUGGACGUUUCCAAGUGUCUGUUGCCACUGAUGAUGCAUCCAGCGCUGUUCCAGAUCCCUCCAGCAUUGUUUCCUCUUCUUCGUUAACGCCGUCCUCUACCUCUACGUCCUCCUCCUCUUCCUCCUCCUCUUCCUCUUCAUCCUCCUCCCCCUCAAGUCCAGAAAAUACUCUCCACCGGUCAUCGUCUCUGGCCAAAGGAGUUUAUGAAAACGAUGCUGUAAAUGGAGCCUCGUCCCUCUCUGCUGGUCCUGCUAGCCAGUCCACCACUAUUGGGCGUUUUCAAGUGUCCACAAACACGAAUGCCACAUCUGGGUCAACCGCUGGCUCUAAAGUAGGACGUUUUUCCGUCACAGUAACCCCAGCUCCAGCAGCAGGCUCCAGUCCAUCACAUGGCUCCAGUCUACAGAACGGACCCUCAUCCUCAACCUCCGAUCCUCAUAACACACAUGUCCAUGACAGCAGUGACAAUGACGAUGACUCCGGGACUGAGGAUGAAGCUUUGCAGAAAGAAAUUAGCCGUCUUAGAGAAAAACAUAUGAGGGAGAUCCAGGCCUUGCAGUCCCGCCAGAAAGAUGAGAUAGCGUCUCUGUUCACUCGGAUGGGAAAACCUCCUCCUCCUCCCUCUGUCCUCUCUCCCGCUGUGGCAAUGGCUGGAGGUCGACGGCGGCGCAAAAGCCACAAAUCUGCUCGCAAUAGUGGACAGCCCAGCCCCAUACACUCUGGAUCCCCAGCCUCAUCUCAUGGUUCACAGUCCUCUCCAAAGCAAAGUUCACCCUCUACAGCAGAAGCUUCAGAAACUGCAUCAGAGGCAUCACAAACAGCUGGCAGAUCAUCCAUACAGCAGCUCAGAAACUCUCCAUCCAUGCCCAGCCUCAGUAGCUGCUCCACAGGAUUAAGUGGGACCAGCACCACAAAUGGUUCAGGCCACUGUCAGAACCACUCUACUUCCCUAACCCAGGCGACUGGACCUAUUCCCUCUGCCGCUCACACCCAGAAGGGCAAGGGCACCUUCACUGAUGACCUGCAUCAACUGGUGGAUAACUGGGCCAGGGACGCCAUCAGCCUCUCCCAGUGCAAGAGAGGUCCUAAAACUGGAGCGCAGGCAGCACUGGGACAUGAUAUCAUCCCUCCAGCCAACAUGGGUCGUAAAUUCUCAGCUCCAGGGUAUCUCUGCCCAACACUUCCCACGCCUUCAAACACCACGUCCACCACCACCAACACUCAUCUCCCCAACCCAGCCAAUCCCUCUGUCCCUGUGGGGCCUCGUAAAGGCUCUCUGGGCCCGGUCGCCCAGGGGUUUGGAUAUGCCUCGCCCCCGUACAGCGCUCCUCAGUGGGCAGGACCCACAGGCACAUGCCAGGUCAGCAUGCUUAACCCCGCACAGCCACUAACACAGUACCAGCCGCCUACGACAGCGUCGGUGUCCCUGCACCAAGGCUACCACAUGGGAACCACACCAGCCCCCCAGAAAUCAGUCACCCCCGGAGGGUCCAACCUGAGGCCUACGUAGCCCAGUCAGAGCCCUGGGCCAGGCUGAGACAGAGGGCCACAUGGGGCGGAGAGAGCAGACAGUCUUUCAGCGGGAACCACUAGCUCUCGUUUGCUGAUUAGCUGGCGGGAUGUUGUGCUUUUUAUUUUUAUUUCAACUUUUAUUAUUAUUAUGUGUUUUUGGGGAGGGUUUCUGAGUUGACCUGUGUGGUUCAGGUCCUCUCAGGAAGAACGAAAUCUGUCUGGCAAUUGGAGGGAGAGUGCAAUACACAUCCACAGCAUAAAAGUCUCAUACUUAGCCUGCCAUUAGCUGUGGAAUCGAGCUGUGACGAGUCGGUUGGUCGUGUCCGGUGACGUAACGGCACAAAGGCAUAACCAACAGCAGCCAAAGAUGUCUUCUGAGAGCAGACAUUGUAAUGUCGUCAUUCCUUUAAAGAGGAGGAGGCGGAGGUGGAAGUAGGAGGGAUUCUGGUUCACAUCCUUUUGACUUUGACGCCGAGCUGGGAGUGAAGAUACACCGCAUGUAUACCCCACGUGUGCACGCGCACACACACACGCGCGCGCGCCUGACUAAACAUUAAUCUGGUUGAGUGACUCGGGAUGGUACUGUAGGUAAAGUAGUCUCAGAGAGCGAGAGGGGGGUGAGCGUACUAGAAAGUGGAGAUAAAAGUGGAGUGUUAGGUGGAAAAGUAAAGUUUGUCUGGUGACAGGAGAAGAAAGACAUAGUAAGUUAGACAGGAGGUUGCAGUAUGAACACAUCCCAGUGGCUACCUAUUAAGUAAAAUGCAAUAAUGGCAAAGAGUAGAUAUACUGUCCCUUGUAACUGUGGCCUUAAUCCCCAAACACAUUUAAACAUCGACUGUACAUAGGUAUUUCUUCACUUGAUUAUGAUUCCAUGUUUAGCAUAUUUAUGUCCCUGUGCGAGUCUGGUGUCAUUGUGAUUUGAGUUAUCUCUCCAUGCAGAUUUAUUAACCAUACGGAUUUAUUUUUCACGUCUGAUAUGUAAGCCAGUGGAUCUGCCGUAUUAAAAAAAACAGCGUUGUCCUGGUGUUGACCACCAUUUGGAGUUUGGAUCUUUAAAGAGGUGAUGCUGCUGUAAAAUCACAAUCUGGGUAGGAGGGUGUUCGCAGGGUGUUCAGUUUAUUUCGUUUCUUUUGUUUUUUUAAAAAAACACAAGAAAUAAAUCUUAUUAAGAAUCCCAAUUUGACACAUAAAACCACUUCACGUAGCGCUUAGCAAUUAGAUAUGAGCGGUUCAAACCUGCUUAUCAUAUCAAACUAGAUUUGUUUUGUUUUAUUGCAGUAGUAUUCGUGGAAGCAUAGAGGACAGAUGAACAGGUCGUUAGUGAAGUCACGUCAUAUUAAAUAUCUGCGCUCAUAGCCGUCACUUCUCAAAUCACAAGUGUCUGGGGUUCUCUCUUUCUGUGGUCUGUUUUUGUACGCAUAUAUUUAAUAAAACAAAUGUUCUUUAUGGACCUGUAUUCAGCCAUCAGAUUUUGAUGUUGUUUCACUGUAAUUAUUAUUAAAGGUUGUUAAACAACAUGUAGUUAAAGGAAUAUAAAAAGUGCAAUUGCGGGGUUGUUGUUAUUGGUAUGCUACUCACCAGGCAGGAGUAAUCCUGCGGUUUAUUAAGCUCUUCUAUCUUAUGACUGCCCUGCCCCCUCUUUUUUCUAUUUAAUUGUAUAUAUGUUAAUGUGAGGUAAAUGCUUUCACCUGAAGCUCAGUCACUAGAGUAUGCUUGUGGUGACCCCACUCUACAUGCACACGCACUCUAACCUGUAAACAUGAGGAACACUUUAGUGCCUUGCAUCCUCACUAAUGACAAGUUCCAGACUCAUCUAGUCCUGUAGCUGUGACUGUACUGUAGAAAACCAGUUAAGUAAAAUCCGUACACGGCGUAAACACACAAGCACGUGGCUCCAUACACUGUCACACGGCCAACUCGGGAGGACGUAAACCUCCGAGACGUUAUGGCACCUCACAGGACUGCAGAACAAAGAGCACACUGAGUAAUGUGGAAGCUUUCUUUUUCUCUCUACAGUUACAUUUGUGUUGGUUGUGUAAUCAGCUGUGUAUUUAUAUUUGGCUCAUGCAUUCAUUGGAUUUGGCUGACAUUUGUUUUUGUGGAUUUAUCAUUUUAAUAGAAGCACUUGUUCAGGGCAGCGAUUGAGCUGUAGAAAAGGUUUAAAGGUUGUUGUCGCACCCUUACGCUGGCUCAACUUUUGGUCCUCACACGCCUCUUUACGAGUGCCAUGCUGUCAUUGUGACUCUUUCGCCUGCUCGUAGAUUGGAUGAAUAGUUAAACUUCUCUAGAGAAAAAAUAAGUUACUGCAAUGCAGAAUAUGCAAUGUUUAAAGUUUUAAAGGGACUGAGGGGGUAAUGGAAACAUUUGCAUGCCGAUGAGGGUUGUUACUGACUUCGAUGUUUUUGAUAUUGGAAUAUUAGAGAUCUUUUUUUCUUUCUAUUCUUUGCCUUUGUGAGAGUCAUCACUCAAGUGUUGAUCUGUUGCCAUUCACCAAUAUCACAGGCGCAACUUUGAUAUCAGCGUAUGGUUUCUGCAUGCCAGCUUCACUGAUGUUUAAUCUUACAAAUGACAAACCAACUUGCAACUGGCUACUGUACAGCACAAGUUCUCAACCAAGCUUAAGGUCCAUGUGCUACGAUGCUACUAUCAGUAAUUACCACAGACCUCGGUGCAGUGAUGUACGAGGCCACUGACGCAGUAAUAUCUGUUGAGCUCUUAUUUCUGAUCCCUCCUUACUGACUUCCUGUGAUUCAGUGUCUGUUUUGUGUAUGUUUUUCACAUUGUACAAAAUGUAAAAACAAAUAAAAAUAUCAAUUAAAGCAA